AUGUUAUGUCGGUCCCUGUAUCGCCCCAUCGUAUCAUGUCGUCGCAUUCGCCCACACGACGAUCGCAUCUGCGGCAAGUGCUACAGUGGGCUGUACAACGACAUUGGGAAGCUGACGCAGAACGACCUCCUCCCACUUGACGCCACCCGUCCCGCCGCCGAGACCCUCCCAGAGCAGUUCCGGAGGCUUCCGCGCGGCUGCAAGAACGACUACAACUGCCCACGAUCGGCCUAUCACGUCAACCUCCCACAAACGGAAAAGUGCACACGGUGCCGGAGCGUCGCCAUCUGUGCAGCUGUGCCCCAUUUUGCUCAGUCGCAGCUGAACCGGGCCUACAAGAAGGCGGUGACCAAGUACGGGCUCACCCGGUACGCGCCGCUCAUCUCCAACGAUGACAACGACGACGACCAUGAGGAUGACGAUGAGGAGGAGGAGGAUGAUGAAGAGUACGAUGACGUUCAUGGUGAUGAUGAUGAGGAUGAUGAUGAUGACGACGAUGAUGAAGAUGAAGGGCGCGGCCAGCUCAAGGGCAAGCAAGGCAGCAGUCACUCCAGCACAGGCACGAGCUACGACGACCUGGAUGGCGAGGCUGCUGGUGACGACGACUGAUGUGCACACCUCCUCUUCCGCUGUCGUUCUGUCAAUCGGAUCGCAACAUCUCUUUGUCCAGCUCCUGAACCCAUCUGCCACCGUCAAUCCCUGCUGCUGCUACUGAAGCAGCUGCAACAGCCAACCAACCAACCAACCAACCAACAACAACAACAACAACAACAACAACAACAACAACAACAACAACAACAACAACAAUAACCAGACUACAGAACGUACAAAACACACAAGAACUAGCAGCCGCAGCAACCACUCAGCCCACGCCCUCCCCCCGGGCUAACCGGCUUCCAUACGCUUUAUGUGCUUCGUUGUUUUUUCUCCAUCGCUGCGUGGAAAAGGACUUUAAGUGGUUCUGCACGACCAACUUGCCCCCUUCCCCUCUUUUGCUUUCCUCUCAGCUCAGUCUCCCAACGUGUCUUCUAACGUGUCUUCCUUCAGUCUCCCAAUGUGCCUUUACAUACUCCUUUUGCCAUUUUCAACUGCGUGUCUCGUCAAGUGUCAGCGUUUCGCUGCUGUGUGUCACAUCACUGUUCCCUGCCGUACCUGCCUUAUGUUUAUCGAUUGACUAACUGUCGUGUUGAUUUGUGCGUUGUUGUAUGCGAAGGUUCCCCCCCCCCUCUUUCCCCUUCUCAGCUUUCUCUGUACCCCUGUCUUUGUGGUCUGGCUCGUGUUGUGUUCGAUUUCCCCACUACGCCCCAAUCUCUCAACUUGGGCCCAUCGGCCUCGUCCUUGUGCUGCUGCCCCUGAUUCCGAGGUGUCUUAACUCCCCUGAUCGCUUUUCGUUUCACUGCCAUCUCCCCUUUCCUGUCCCCCUGUCCCGACGUCCUCCCCGGCGGUGUCAUCAAGACGUCCACAUGUGCAGUUCCUGUCGUUGUGUGUGUGUGUGUGCGUGUGCGUUGUGUGUGUGUGUGCGCGUGUGCGUUGUGUGUGUGUGUGUGUGUUGUGUGGGCGUGUGCUUGUCAGAGGCUUCCUGUCAGCACCCAUAUGCUCGUUUGUGACAUGUUAGUUUGUCGAAAUCGCUUUCACGUCUGGGUGUCGAAUCGCCAUUGUCGCUCUCUCCCCUGUGCUGCUUCUCAAUUGUCUCUUUGUUCUUGCUUGUUCUUGCUAGUGUUCUUCGGUUCUUUGUGAUAGCUUUGUAAUCGCGCGCUCAUGGCGAACAUGUGCGUGCGUGUGUGCAUGCGUGCAUGCCAACAGUCGUUUAGGCCACGUCAUCUCACCCUCACCCUGACCCCAUGUUGUCAUUUUCACAUCACUUAUCGUCUUCGCCAGCUCACCGUCUCCAACAUCAUAAACCAUCUCAAGCAUAAUUUGUUGUGAAC